AUGCCUCCUCAAGAAGAACACCAACAAUUAUUACUUGACCCAACACUUGAUUCCGACAAUGAAGAACCAGCCUACGAAUCAACGGAAAAAGUCUACGUCAUCGGAGUCGACGAUGCUGGAGGCCAAAAUUCAGACGACUACACCAGAACGCCGCCGUUUUCAUGGAAGAAAUUGUGGCUCUUCACCGGACCUGGGUUCUUAAUGAGCAUAGCGUUUCUUGAUCCGGGGAAUCUGGAGGGAAAUCUUCAGGCGGGUUCGAUCGCAGGUUACUCUCUGCUGUGGCUGUUGUUGUGGGCCACAGCUAUGGGACUUCUGGUUCAGCUUCUCUCGGCUCGGCUUGGCGUGGCUACUGGGCGCCACUUGGCUGAGCUCUGUAGGGAUGAGUAUCCCAAGUGGGCGAGGUUGUUGUUGUGGGUCAUGGCUGAACUGGCUCUGAUUGGGGCUGAUAUUCAGGAGGUUAUUGGGAGUGCUAUUGCUAUUAAGAUUUUGAGCAAUGGGAUCUUGCCUAUAUGGGCUGGUGUUGUCAUUUCUGCUUGCGAUUGUUUCAUUCUUCUGUUGCUUGAGAACUAUGGGGUGAGGAAAUUAGAAGCACUUUUCGCAGUUCUCAUUGCCAUAAUGGCAUGUUCUUUUGCCUGGAUGUUUGGUGAAACAAAGCCCAAUGGCGUAGAACUUCUUCAGGGUAUUUUAAUUCCAAAGCUUAGCUCAAAAACAAUACAGCAGGCCGUGGGAGUUGUGGGUUGCAUUAUCAUGCCUCACAAUGUCUUCUUACAUUCUGCACUUGUACAGUCCAGAGAGAUUGACCGUCGCAAGAUAGGCCGAGUUCGAGAGGCUAUCAAUUACUAUUCAAUAGAGUCUGGUAUUGCACUUGCAAUCUCCUUCAUAAUCAAUCUAUUUGUGACAGCAGUAUUUGCAAAGGCGUUUUAUGGAACUGAACAAGCCAAUAGUAUUGGCCUUGUUAAUGCUGGGCAGUAUCUUGAGGAGAAGUAUGGUGGAGGAUUGUUACCAAUUUUGUACAUAUGGGCAAUUGGAUUGUUAGCUGCUGGCCAAAGUAGCACAAUCACUGGCACUUAUGCUGGACAGUUUAUCAUGGGUGGUUUUCUGAACUUGGGGUUGAAAAAAUGGUUGAGGGCAUUGAUAACGAGGAGCUCUGCCAUCAUCCCAACUCUGAUUGUUGCUCUUGUUUUUGAUACCUCUGACCAGAAAUUAGAUGUUCUUAACGAAUGGCUUAAUGUGCUUCAGUCAGUUCAGAUACCUUUUGCACUGAUUCCUCUUCUUUGUUUGGUCUCCAAGGAGGAGGUCAUGGGUGUAUUUAAGAUUGGCCCUGUUCUCAAGAUGGUUUCAUGGCUUGUGGCUGCCUUGGUGAUGGUUAUCAAUGGGUACCUUUUGCUGGAAUUUCUCUCUUCUGAAGGAAGUGGACUGUUGUUUACCUCUGUGGUGUCUGCUUUCACUGCUGCAUAUGCUGUGUUCAUAAUAUACCUUAUUUCACGGGCAGCACCUUUUCUAAUUGGAUUGUACAAGCCAAGGGAUUCGCAAAUGGGAAUUGACCAAUAA